AUGUGCAAAGAAGAAGUGAAGAAAAAGCAGAAAACAGAAAUCAACAGGAUGGAAAGCAGCAAGAAACACUCUUACACUCGUGGUUUUCCCAUAAUGGAUCUGCCUGACUUCAUCAUCAUGGACAUUCUUUCUCGGCUUCCAAUCAGGACCCUCUUACAGUCCAGGUGUGUUUGCAAAACUUGGUUCAACUUACCCUUAGACCCUUAUUUCAACAAUGUUCGUCUCGCAACAUCACCCUCCAUCAAUAUUGUGUCUCCAUCGCUUAAUGGUUGUUCAUUAGUUGAACUACAGGACCGUGACUGUAACUACACUCGUCUACGUUACAGACUGUUGUGGUUCCGAAAACUUCAACGUCAGAUGGCAAUGUCGUCCAGUUUAAAACUAGAAUUCUUGGGUUCUUGCAAUGGUUUACUCUGUUUCUCGGAUUACUACCAUAACAAUGUAAGCAUGCUCAACCCAAUUAUGGGAGAAUAUGUUGCCCUUCCAAAACCCAAAACGGAAACGAAAAAGAGAGAAAAAUUUUACGAUUGUGGCUUAUGGGUUUGGAAGUAG